AUGCGCUCGCAGACUAGGGCGUAUCCACAGAAUCCUUACCACCGGAACAUAACUUACCAUGGAAAAUGUGAAAACUGUCAACAGGACACAGGAGACAAUCAAAGAAACUUAAAUAGAUGGGGCAUGGCAGAUAAAGCAUAUUGUGAAUGUGAAGAGAAACAAGCAUCAAACCACUUAUUUGGGUGUACAUUGAUACCGGGUAGAUAUGAAAUGAUAGAUUUCAUCGGACUGACGGAAAUCACUGACAAAAUGAUAAGAAUCAUUGAGUAUUGGGAAAAUAAAGGAUUGUAG